AUGAGAGCGAAUGGUAGACUUCCCUAUGAUGAUCAUGAGAGAGCUAUAAAACUGCUUUACAGUCUAGAUUGUAAGGUUUGGGAGGUCAAAGUCAUUGCUAUUAUUGAGUCCCCUAUCUAUGAAACUCUCACUGUGGAUGAGUUGUAUAGCAAGAUUAGAUUUACUAAGAUUGACAAUGAGACUAAAGCCAAAUAUAAGAAUCCGUCAAACCCUCAGAGUAUAGCCUUUGUUUCGGGAGGUGGCCAGUCGAGUGACAGUUCUAAUCUUAUUAACACCUCACAUUUUGGUUUUGCUUUAUCAUCUUUGGUUUCUAUCACAGAAGAACAGGUGGAUGCUCUUGGAGACGAGGAGCUAGCACUGAUCAAGAAGAAGUUCAACCGCUUCUAUGAAAACAAAAGAAACCGAAGGAGAGGCAACUCCAAGGGUUAUUUUGAGUGCGGAGAUCCGAAAUACUUCAGCGCUGACUGCCCCAAGAAGAAGAAGAAGGUCGAGGCUGACAAGCCUAUGUACAAAAAGAAGAAGUACUUUGAUCGUGAGGCUUUGAAGAAGGACUUCCGCAAGAAGUUCAAGGUGAAGGGACGUGCCUUCCUCACCUCCCUCAGCGACUUUGAUGCUGACUCAAGCGAUGAUGAUUCCUCAAGCUCAAGUGAGGAUGAGGACAAGAAGAAGAAGAAGAUCAUCGACAACCUCAAUGGCUUGUGCUUCAUGGCCGGCAACAAUAGCGACACCGAGUUGGACUUGGAGGUACAACUUUCUGCUGAUGAGCUCUUUAUGAAAAUAGAUGAACUAGAAGAUGCUUUGGUAGCUCAAGAUCGCAAUCUCAAAUAUGCUUCUAUGGUAGAUGAGCUUGAGAAAGCUAAGCUUGUUUUAGAAGAGCUUAAAUCUAGAUCUAUUUUGCUAGGAGCUUGCAAAAAUUGCCCAAUCUUGAAAUUUGAGCUUUCUGAGAACUAUGCUAAGCUUAAGGAUUUUGAGAACAAACUAGCUAAUGCUUCUAGCCCUAAGGCUAUUAUUUUAGCUUGUGAUACAUGUGCUUCCUUGUUAAAUGAAUUGCAUACUUGUCAAGCUGAAAUGUUUAGAUUAGAAGAUGAGAACAAGCUGCAUAGGUCUAUGUUGAGUUGGGUGUCUACCAGUGAACCACAAUUAGGAGGACAGAGGUUUGGACAACAUGUGGAUCAUGGAUUCGAGCUGUUUGCACCACAUGAUCAGAAAUCCCAAAUGGUUCUCCAUCCUUACCCCAGAGAGUACAUCACUUUUGGGGAUGACAACAGCGAAAAGGUAAUAUCAGUUGGUGUCAUCAAGGUAAAUGAUUCCUCUGUACUCAAGGAGGUUGUUUUGGUCGACAACAUGAAGUACAAUUUACUAUCAGUUUCGCAACUUCUGGAGGAUGGCUUUGAAGUGAGCUUCAAGAGAAAUGCUUCCCUCGUUAUUGAUUCUUUUGGUGAUCUUGUGUGUGGUGAACAAGAAUUGAGCGAGAGCAUCUUCGUUAAUGAGGACUUUCCAGCUCUAGUUGAUGGUGAUGAUGCUGGUUUCCAUCCAUCACCAGCUGCUCAAGAGCUACCUUCUGCUUCCAUUACAUGA